CCUCAGAUGUUCUCUUUGACAGGGUUACAGUGUUUUAUUUUUUCCUUAAUUGUAAAUGAAUGUCACUUUGCCUGGCAGGAGAAUCCUUACAGCUGCAGCACAUUUACCAAGUCCAGUACCUGCAGUCAAAUAUGGCAGCCUGACACGCUUAAAUACUUGUGUCUUUGUGAGAGUGGUGCUACGAUGCGAAAGUUUGCUCAGAGCGGUUUCAAUAAAAACUACACCAAACCAAAUACCCCUCCCCAAACUGCCCUAGGCAUUGUGACUAAUGAGCCCUUAGCACUCAGGUCCUCGCAUUGUCACAUUACAAUCUGUAUUGUAUGGGUUGUCUUCUCGGCAGUAAAAUGCAACAGCAGUCAUUUGUCAUUAAUGUGUCUUCCUCUGGGAUGAAUUCGUUUUGCAAAGUUUAAAUAUAUUUGUUUGUUGCCUGUGUUACUGUGAGCUUCUGGCUGUGAGUGGAAUGUCAACAGAGUUUUGUUUGUAUCUUAUUUUUGAUUUGAUUGUAUAGUUAGUUUUUGUAUUAUCCCUGUCACCUUAAUGACAACCUUUACAAUGGCACAAUUUAUCUACAGUGAAAAUCAUACUUGGUACAUAUUGGAAAUGGGGCUCUUUAUUUAGUCUCAUUGUCAGCCUUUGUGUCUCAAACUUUAAACCUUCAUUAGAAGUCACAGCACUCCGUACUGUGGUGCACCUGUCACUCAUUGAUUCUGCCUAAUGGUGUCUCCCUCUCCCGACAGGCUGUCCCCAACGAGGCAGUAGGUGGGUGGUGUUGGGCGAGCCUCGGCACUGGGAGAGCUCGCCGCACCCAUCUCUCUGCGCUGCAUGGCUGCGAUGGCGCCCGCUCUUACCGACGCGCCAGCCGAAGCUCACCACAUCCGCUUCAAACUGGCUCCUCCAUCCUCCAUCUCUCCGGGAAGCGUGGAAAACAACAGCAACGCCAGCAACAUUCUGAUCUCCGGCAACGUGAAACGCAAGGCACGCUCCCCCCCCAGCGAAGAGUGCUCCCUGGACUUCCGGGGCAGCAGCAACAACAAGAAGGAAGAGCAGCAGCCCGUCGAGGGCCCCCCGACCCCCUUGGCGAAGCUGCAGCCUCUGGUGGCCUCUUACCUGUGCUCUGAUGUGACUUCUGUCCCCUCCACUAAGGAGUCCCUUAAGCUACAAGGCGUCCUCAUAAAGCAGUCUGUCCUGAAGACACAAGGUAUCUUGCCUGGCUCCUAUUUUAGUGGGGACUUCCUGCCCCGGAAGCACCAGACUCUGGAGCUCUGCGGAGAGCAGCUCAAGAGCCUCAUGAGCAACAGUGGCCAGCCCACGGCUCCUCCCCCCUCGCAAACCCCCGUCAAUGGCCUGGCUAGGAAGCAGGCGCGGACCAGCGUUGACAGAGACUCCGCACCCUCGCUCAAUGGAGGCCAGCCGGAGGCCGGGAGGGAUUCCCCUCCACGGGAGGCCGAGCCGCUCUCUGUCCAGGAAGGCCUUGCUAGCCGGACUCUCCACAAAGGGGGUACAGAGCAGCGGCCGCAGCCAGCUGGCCUUUCGUGUAACGUGGCCAGUAGCUCAGAGCAGCCGGCUGGCCCCGCUGCCUCCGCUGUGGUCUCCGCAGUACACGAGUGCCUUGAUGUUAAGCCAGAAGUAGUCGGCAGCCCCUUGACGGCACCUGUGAGGGAGGGUGAGGGGGCGGCAUGCCCCUCGCCCGCAGCGCCACAGGCGCAGCUGGACAUCCGGGAACGUACUCUGCAGACCCAGAGUCGCCAGGGCGAGAUCGAGGGCCGGCUGCGUCGCCUGCGGAAGCGGCUGCAGGUGGUGCAGGCAAAGCAGGUGGAGCGACACAUUCAGCAGCAGCUGAGUGGUCUCCUGCACACAGCUCUUGGCAAGAUGCCCAGCCUGGAUGCUCUGCGCCGACGUAGCCCAGCCAUUCUCACGCGCAAGACGGAGGCGGCGCUGUGGCGGGCGGCCGCCGAGGCAGGCACGGGUGAUGGCCUGGGCCGGUUUCUCCGGGAGGGCACGGUGCCCCUGGAGCUGGAUCGCCUCUCUUUGAGUGGCGUGGCUAACCUGCGCUCCGCUGAGAGCGCCUUCGACUCGGACGUAACUGAGAGCAGUUCAGGAGGCGAGACCGACGUGGAGGAGGAUGAGCUGACUAAGGCAGACAUCAACCAGUGCCAUAUCUCCAUAUGGAGGAGAGCAGAGGGCCGCUACGCCACAGAGAGGGCCUCCAUCAUCAGCCACUGGAACUGGCUUCAGGCUCAGAUCUCUGACCUGGAGUACCGCAUCCGGCAGCAGACGGACAUCUACCGCCACAUCCGAGCCAACAAGGGAUUGGUGGAGCUUGGAGAUCCCACCCCUCACGAGAUGUCCCUGGAGGAUGGUGCAGAGCUGAAGGGGCAGUUUGAACGGGUGGACGCCGUGGACUGCCAGGUCAUACUGGAUCGGAGGUCGGAGGGCAGUGAAGGCGUGGCGCCGGCCCAAGGUCCCUCGGCUGAAUCCAGCCUGUGGAAAGGCUAUGAUUCUGGCAGGCAGGUCAACGGCGUCAUCAACAGCACCUGCGUUGCUGCCCGCACACGGCCUUUGCUCAGCUGGAAGAAGCGAAGGCUUGUCCGUCCCAGCGCAAUGACCAACCUCCACCGCAAGGUCCAGAGAGGUCCCACGUCUCGCAGCCCCUGUGACGUCAACUCCACAUGUGUGAUGUGUGGUGGCCGGCCCACCCCCAGUGCUGAAUUUCAGUUUGACCGCCCCCUGCUGGAGCGACUGUCACAGUUCGACCCCUGCAUCCACCCCAUCUUGUCCUUCAAUGAUGACGUCUGCAUGAACCUGCACCUUCAGCGGGUUCUGAAGACCCACUGGCAGAACAAACCUCUGGAGAGGAGCAAGCCGCUGAAAAAGCUGUCCCUGAAACACAAGGUGCCUCUCGGCAGCCGGCUUCUCGACCCCCCCUCCAAAGACAAACACAAGCUGGCCAACUCGCUCCUCGCCGCCGUCAGGUUCCACAAGCUUCGGCCCGAGAAGCUGCACCGACAGCAGCUGGACAGCCUGCUGAGCGAGUCCCGCCUGGACGGUCGGGCACUCUGCAAGGCGGAGCGCACCCAGGAGCCCUCGCUUGGGGCCUUCGACAGGGGCCACAGCCGCAAGAGGCCCCGGGAGCACUCCAUGGAGAGGCCAGAUGUCACCUCCAAGCUCUUCAUGGACACUGGCAGUCCCUGCUCGUCGCUGACCAGCCUGCACACUCCCACUCACAGUCCCCUGAUGAGGCAGCUAUCCGCGUCCUCCGAGAGCUCCAUGCACCUGGGGCCUGGCAGCCUGAGCUCCACCGCCACCCCACAGCCAAUCAGGAGGCGGCGGGGGGAGAGUUCGUUCGAUAUCAACAACAUUGUAAUCCCCAUGUCGGUGGCUGCCACCACACGAGUGGAGAAGCUGCAAUACAAGGAGAUCCUGACACCGAGCUGGCGGAAAGUGGAUAUCUUUGCACAGCCAAUCGCAGAGGAGGAUGAAAGCGCUGAGAUCGAGGACCUGUCAGACUCUGCUUUCGUCCAGCUGCACCAGCCCUGCGAGGAUCAGGAGCGUUCCCGCUGGACUUGGGUGGCCAGUGCUCCUGCCAAGAGGAGAGGCAGCAGGUCAUACAAGUCCCUGGACGGGCGGACGACACCCCUGCUGGGAGGCACCAACCCGUCCACGCCGCAGCCUGCCUCGCCGGACCCGGCACAUUUCCACGCGCUGCAGGACUAUGGCCCCAUACCAUCGCCGCACAGCCCUGCCAGCCCAGACCUGCUGUCCAACCCCCAUACUCCCUGCUCCAGGGACUCCCAGCGGCUCCAGUCCAGUGAGGACACGAGCUGCUCCACCCCCGACUUUACCUUUGAGGAGCAGCCUGUGCAGCCGUGGGAGCGAAGGAACUUCCCUCUGGUGGAGGACCCGGGCGAGGAGCUGGAGGACCCAGGCAGCCUGGAAUGCGAGGGGCUGGAUCGGGGCAUCCGCCGAAUCUCUGGGAGCAGGUUGAGCUUGUCCAGGUCUGAAUCGGAGAACGGGCCCUCCUCACCUUUCCUCGAGGAGAGCGGCAAGCAGAAGCCUGCCCCCACCCAGCGAUGAAAAAGACGAGGCUUUUGUCUGCCACCUUGUCCCUGCCACCCCCAUCCCUCACCCUUGUGCCCCAACACAGGCAUUAAAAUAAAGAAACUCAAAGCUAAAACAAAAAAAGUAAAUAAAAAUGGAAUCCUGUUGUUUGAUAUUCAAACAUCAGUCAAAUUUUUUCACAGUUUUUAGUGAAUAUACAGACUCUAGAAAUGUUUUUAAUCUUGUUUUGUUGCAGGGGAGGCAAAUGUCUGAGGACGGGUGGGGGGGCGGGCUUGCAGAAAGCAAAUAGGAGGCUAAAAUACGACAUGGAGCUCAGUGUUGUUCUCUGGUGUGUUAAGUGUACACUUGUAGCGCACUAUGUAGCUGGCUUCUCAAAGGGGCUUGGUCUGUGGGCUGUUCUCUCCUUUACUUGAUGUCUGUGACCCCUCCCGCCCCACAUAGGUUUAAAGUGGAGUGACUACAAAAAAAAAGUCAGAGGGAAUGAAACUCCCGUAUAUAACCAUGACAAGCACGUAUGAUGCGUCGUUUCCUUUAAAGAGAACAUGUCUGUGAUGAAUGCAGCCUUUUGGGGGUCAUUUCAGCACUUGCAUUUCAUAGCAGGUCUAGGUUGGCCUGGUAAAAGGGCCCCUCUGCUCCACUGUUCUCCAUUCCUGGCUGUCAGCCAUAAUUUUGAUGUUUCAUGUGUUCGGUUUCCAGCCCCCCCUCCCCCCCCCCCCCCCCCCCCCCCCCCAAACAUUAAACAUUAUUAUCCAGCUUUGUAUUGUUUCUUUUUUUGUCAAUAAAGGAAGUGUUUCUGUUGCCCUCAGAUAUGAUCUGGGCUCUCUAUGCCUUGCAUACUUGUAUGAGAGUUUGGGAGAUGCUUUUGGAGGGUUGGGUGGCAAGAUCCUCCGCAGCCUCUGUGGAGCACUUGUCCCACAAGGGGGCACCGACUAGUGCAGAAGAUGCACUUCCAUAAUUAGUUUUUAUUUCACAAUUGCUCCUUGUAACUCAAAGAUAAAAUGGUCCCCCCCCCCCCACCCCACCACUUUUAUCUUAGUAGAUUGCACUAUUGGGGAGAUGAAGUUGUGGAAGAAGAGAUGGUAGAUGUUUCUUAAUGCCCGUUGUCUUUUUUGCCCCUCCUGUCGUGUUUGGUGUGCGAUUUCUUUUACUGCCCUGUUUUUUUGGUCCUCUUGGUGUCUGUGGUUCCUUCGCGCACAGGUCAGAUGUUCUCUCUAAAAGGAAACUGUGUCACACGUAGCAACUCCAUUCUGAAUGACGCCCAGACCUCAGGUUGCAGAAUUUAAGGGAAAAGGUGGUCAAUACUCAGAGACUACAGUAUUUUCCCUAGUGUUUUACUAUUUAUUGUAGUCGAUAUGAUUGCGAGAGACUACUUGGCUGCAGUUGUUUUUGUCGCCCAGCAUUCUGUCAAUUAUCAUAAAAAGUAACACAUUAAAGCACUAUUACCUUUUUAGUUGCAAAUUGCUAUGCAAUCCAAAAUUUAUUAUAUAUACAUAUACAAAUUGUAGGUUAUAUUUUUCGCCUCAGUUGUGAAUAUCCUUUCAAUUCUGUAUCACUGUACUUUUUGUAGUUGCGCGAGACGGGUUGAACUGUACAAAUUUGUGUUGCGGCAGUUAACGGAAUCAGUUAUGAGAAUUGUUUUGUAAAUAGUACCAUUAAAACGAUUCAUGUUCAAA